AUGGCUUUGUUUUCAAUGCACAAUCCACUGGUUUUUACCUUUGGCAUUUUAGGCAACCUCGUCUCCUUCAUGGUAUAUCUUGCACCUGUACCAACAUUUUACAGGGUUUACAAGAAAAAAUCAACCGAAGGGUUUCAUUCAGUCCCAUAUGUGAUUGCAUUAUUCAGUUCCAUGGUGUGGCUAUUUUAUGCAUGGGAUAAAGCCGACGAAUUCCUCCUCAUCACUAUCAAUUCCGUCGGAUGUAUCACGGAGGCUAUAUAUGUUGCUAUUUACAUCGUUUACGCACAUAAGAAAGCACGGAUACUGACUUUGAAGCUUCUGCUGCUAUUGAACGUUGGCGGAUUCGGGUUGAUUAUUAUUCUCUCCCACUUCCUAACAAACGGGUCGAAACGAGUUCAAGUUCUUGGAUGGAUAUCUGUAUCAGUGACCACAAGUGUAUAUAUAGCUCCUCUGAGCAUUAUGAAACAGGUGAUUCGAACCAAAAGUGUGGAGUUUAUGCCAAUCUCAUUAUCAUUUUUCCUCAUUUUGUCUGCUGUAAUGUGGUUCUCGUACGGUUUGCUGCUAAAGGACAUGUAUAUCGCGAUUCCUAACAUAUUGGGACUGAUAUUUGGGGUACUCCAAAUCACAUUGUAUAUGAUAUACAAGAGAGAUGCACAAGAUCACAAACUACCUACCCAUGUCAACCCUAACAUAAUAGUCUCUUCUGAUCAGAUACAUCCAGUUUCCACUCUACCCCUACCAAUCCCUCAGGAGAAUAAAGAUGAAAAUGCUGAUGACGAUAAAGUCGAACCCUAG